CAAGAACAGCGCUGCUGCUGCUGCUGCAGCGUCCACGGUCCAGAUGCAGCAGGGUAAGCUUUUCGCGACACUUCAGCUCGUCAUUCAAUUGUCAAAACUCUUUUCGUCUACGCGCCCAUCGCAGAGCGACCAGAUGACUCCAACUGGAAUGAGAGCGGAUCCAGGUGGAAGUGCACACAUGAUAGUUAUGUUGAUGAAUAAUAUGAAGAGGCAACUACAGCAACACUCACUCAAAGGAUCGAUGAUGUCAGGUACAAACAGCAGACCACACGGCAUUAUUGCAAAGGAGUGCGACAGGAUCACGAGCACUUGUAACAAGAGAAAAAAAAGGUUUUACUAGGGUUAUUUGUACGCCAAGGUUGAAGGUGAUUCUUCUACUAGAGUUUUCCCGUCUGUCUAGAUGUAGAUGUUCUUUUUCUUAUCCCAAAGAACUUGUUCUAACCUAGACGAGCAAUCAACAGGGAGCACGGGUUCACAGCAUCGUACUGCAGGGAGUACCGAAGUCGGAGGAAUCGCAUCAGAUGAUAUAAGAGACGAUAUUGAGAGCAUUCUCGGAAUUGGUGCUAGCGCUUUCAAUUACGGCUCAAAAGAAUACAUCUGCCCAAAUAAUUUUUUUCGCCUUUUAGGGGUAGUUCUUCUGGUUCACAUUCAUACUAAUCAGGAUUACUGUCAACGUCUAGUCCUUUCAUCAUCAUUAUUAUUUUUUUUUAAUGUGUAUUUGAUUAGAUAGUGUAUUUGAUUAGUUUUAAGUUAGGAAUCAAUCUAAGACAGAUUGACAUUGAUAUUGAUUAAUCCACUAUCGUAUACUAUAGAAAAACUGCAUUACUUAUUAUUGAUUUUCUGCUUGUAUUGUUAGAGUCUACUCUGUUACCCCAAGCAGUGCAUACUUACUGUUAUUCUUUGUCUUUCUUGUAUCUUCUUGGAUAUUAUUGACAUUGAGAACAUCUUCAUGGAGAUGGAGGUGAGGGAUGAAUGAAUUAUGUUGAGCUCUAAUUUUACAGCCCGCCAUCACGUAGCCCCUCAUCGCACAGUAACUCGUACGCGAACCUGUCACAGUUGGCGAAUAUUCCGGAGGAGGGUGAGCACGAGCCAGUGGACCGAAACCUGGAGCCUCAACAUGACGUUGACGAUAGCAACAAUCUAACUUCUGCCUUGUUGAAAGAAUAAAAGGCAAGCAACGCUUAAAAAUAUUUGACCUGUCCAUACGCCUACGUUGUUGUAGUUGUAAAAAUUAUUCGUGGACGAGCCGGGGGAAAAAUAAGAGACAUUUCUGUUGGACGCUUCUAG